AUGGUAACCGGAGCCGGAACUAUCCAGAUUUUGGAUCCCAGGCCGGAGGAAGUUCCCGAGGAGCGGGGAAUUAGCUCGGAGAUCGCCAGCCUGGAAGGUAAGGUGGUCGGUUUGCUGGAAAACAGGAAAUACCAUGCCGAUUCCUUCCUGCUGGAACUGCAAAGAGUACUUGAGGCCGAGUACAAGGCAAAGAAGGUUGUAUACGCUUCCAAGUUCACUUUCAGCAUGCCCUGCGCCGACGAAACCAUAGACUCAUUGGUGGAGGAAUGCGAUGCCGUUGUGCACGGCAUUGCCGAUUGA